UGCGGGACACUCUCCGGUGCUCCCGCCGCGUGGGUGCCAUGGCAACGGAGGGAGCCGGGGACCUGGCUUCCGGAAGCAGGAGCGCUCCGGCUGGGAAGCUAGCCUGGUCCAAGGAUGCUGAGUCCCGAACGCCUAGCCCUACCGGACUACGAGUAUCUGGCCCAGCGACAUGUCCUCACAUACAUGGAAGAUGCGGUGUGCCAGCUGCUAGAGAACAAGGAAGAUAUUAGCCAAUAUGGCAUUACCAGGUUCUUCACUGAAUAUUUUAACAGUGUAUGCCAAGGAACUCACAUCCUCUUUCGAGAAUUCAGCUUCAUCCAGGCCACCCCACACAACAGGGCAUCCUUCUUACGGGCCUUCUGGAGAUGCUUCCGGACAGUGGGCAAAAAUGGCGACCUGCUGACCAUGAAGGAGUAUCACUGUCUGCUGCAGCUGCUGUGCCCCGACUUCCCGCUGGAGCUCACCCAGAAGGCAGCCAGGAUCGUGCUCAUGGACGACGCCAUGGACUGCCUGAUGUCCUUCUCCGAUUUCCUCUUCGCCUUCCAGAUCCAGUUUUACUACUCAGAGUUCCUGGAGAGCGUGGCGGCCAUCUACCAGGACCUGCUGUCCGGCCGGACCCCCAACACGGUGGUCGUGCCCACGUCGUCGAGCGGGCAGCACCGCCAGCGGCCGGCCCUGGGCGAGGCCAGCAUGCUGGAGGGCGUGGAGGCGUCCCAGUUCUCCCAGCGCCUGGAGAGCCUGUGUGACCGGCACAAGUACAGCUGCCCGCCCCUGGCACUUAUCAAGGAGGUCCUCAGCAAUGUACAGAGACUGACUUUCUACGGAUUCCUCGUGGCUCUCUCCAAGCAUCACGGGAUCAACCAAGCCCUCGGAGCUUUGCCUGGCAAAGGGGACCUGAUGCACGACCCUGCCAUGGACGAGGAGCUGGAGCGGCUGCUGGCCCAGGUCCCCGGCCUGGUCACUCCAGUCUCGGCCAGUCCAGAGGUCAGCCACCUGCCUGCCGGGAACCCUCCCCGGGUUGGCUCCCCCUGGAGACCCCUCCACCACGCCCGCAAAGCGGAUAUGGAGAGCGACGGUUCCAACGAUGAGACAGACGCAGACGAAUCCGAGACCUGAGCGGCCCGGGGGUCCCUGUGCAGCGCCCCUUCCCCGAAUCCCACCCAGGCCCAGGGACUCCUACCCUGUACCCUCUCUGCACCCUGCUGCCCACGGCUGGUGAAAGGGCCGAGUACCAGCCCCCACGCUGACCUGCCAGCUGCCCUCCCUGGCCCGAGUCACGUCCCCCCCCCCCCCGGCCCCGAGGCACCAGGAAGGUCACUUGGUCUCUUAUGGGCUGCGGGCAGCCACCCCAGAAAGUUCGUCUCACAACAGCAGGUCGAGUGAGAACGUGGAGUCAUACAGAGCUUCCAGAGGGCCAGGGGGACCCUGUGAUAUCUGUGGGAGGACAGAGCCAGGGUGGCCUUCGGAAGGGACGGCCACCAGCCAUAAGCUCGACAGGUGGGGCAAGUUACUCCCUUUCAAACCCUGCUUCAAGACCCCCCGUGUCUCCUAGUUAAAUACAUGAGAUGAAUAAAAUCCCUUGUGUCUGGUCA